CAGAGAUCCGCUUUAUCAGGGCAAAGUGCGAAGUACGUUCAUGGAAAGCAACAAGUGUGGAUCAUAAAGACGAACUUUCACCUUUCUUGGUUUUGCUGCGUUAUAAUCGAGGUGUUAUAUUCGGCUGUGCAACACAUUUUCUCGAGCUAUUUGAUCAACCCGCUGCAGGAAUGAGUGAAGAUCAGUUUGACGUAGUUGUAGUCGGCGCAGGCCUGUCUGGACUCAGCGCAGCUCGCAGGCUGCAAAAGAGAAAUGCGCAACUCCGCGUGUUGGUUUUGGAGGCCAGAGACCGUGUCGGGGGAAGAACUGUAAGUGAAGACCUGCCAGCUGCGAAUGGCGUUGACCAGUGGGACAUGGGGGGGCAGUGGGUGUCCAGCUCGCAGACCCACGUCAUGGAGCUUAUUCAAGAGCUUGGUGUGGAGGUCUUUCCACAAUACACAGAGGGCAAGAAGGUGCAUCACAUGGGUGGUCCGCAUUCUAAAAUCAAAACGUAUGCUUCUAGCAUCCCAUCAUACUCCCCGCUGAUCCUGCUGGACUUCACCCAGAUUCUGUGGCGGAUUGACCGUCUCACUAAGACCAUAUCAGUUGAAGACCCAAUGAGUUCUCCUAAUGCCGAGCUCUAUGACAGCAUGACGCUUUACUCCUUCAUGGAAAAACACAUCUGGUCCACACAGGUAAAAGAAGAGAUAUCCUUGUGUAGCCGUAUCGUGUUCGGCCUGGAAGCCUCUCAGGUCUCCUUCCUCUACUUUCUUAUGUACUCCGCUGCAGCAGGGGGCACCCUACGCCUCCUAGAGACCACACCUGGCUCGGGUCAGGAGUUAAGAGUCAAGGGAGGCACUCAGCAGCUGUCAGAGAAGCUGGUGGAGCAGAUCGGAGCGGAGCGGGUUCGGUUGGGUGCCGCCGUAACGACCAUAUGUCAGGAUUCUGAGAACAUAAAAGUUACGACUUCUGCAGGCACAGUCACUUGUAAAGCCGUCAUUGUUGCGUGUCCUUCUCACUUGGCAGCCAAGAUCCACUUCGAGCCUGCUCUGCCAGCUGAGCGCCAGAGCCUCAUCCAGUGCCUGCCCAUGGGCCACAUGACGAAAUUUAUCGUCACAUACCCCACUGCGUUUUGGAAGGAAAAGGGUUUCUCUGGGGAAAUCGUGGUUCGCCCCUCAGAGGACUGCCCUUUAAGCGUCACAUUUGAUGCCACCAGCCCCAAAGGCAAUCCAGCGCUGGUGGGGUUCAUCACUGGAGUACAGGCCCUUGACUGGAGCGACAGAAAGAUGGAGGAGAGAAGAGAUGCUGUCAUCUCCAGCCUGGUGAAGUACCUCGGCCCGGAGGCGUCCACCUACAUUCACUAUAGGGAAAAAGAAUGGGCAAAGGAGGAAUAUAGUGGAGGCUGUCCUGUGAAUGUAAUGACUCCUGGGAUGCUAACGUAUUACCACCCUAGUCUUCGAAAGCCCUUCGGCAGGAUUCAUUGGGCAGGCGCAGAGACGGCCACCCAAUGGUGUGGAUACAUUAGUGGGGCAAUUCAGUCCGGUCAGCGGGCAGCUAUGGAGGUCCUAGCUCAGAUGUGUCCUUCUUCUCUGUCCCGGGAGGAACUGGACGCAGUGCAAGCUUCCCUGAAACCCAGUGACCCAAGAAAGGAGUCAAAGUGCAAGUCGUCCAAGUCUUACUGCCUCCUCGGUGUGGUAAUGACAGCAGCUGCAUUGGUGGCCGCCUACCUGUUGGCCAAACCAGAACUAGGAUUUAAAUGGAUUUAAAGGGAUUUGUUUCUUGACAGUAUUUGGUUCUUGUACCUUAAAAAUAAAAAUAAAAGUAAUUUAGCGAUUCUAGUCACCAUGAAGCAUUUUACGUCCAUAAUGGCAAGUAUUUCUGAGUGAAACAUGAUUUUCUAUGAGAAAAAAAGGGACUUCAUUGUCCAUUGGAAAUUGAUUGGUCCAUAAAACCAUACUAUAAUAGAGAAGUGUGUUGCGUACAAGAAUAGCGAAAUAAGAGUCAUGUAAUUACGUGAUGUACUCGGUUAUGUGGAGGAAAUAUGAAACAAUAAAGCACAGAAAUGAAGCAAACACACUGUGAGCUAUAAAUGUUUUUGUCAAGCACAAUGAGUGGCUCUCUUUCAACCCCAUGAGAAUUUCAAUUGUUAUCAGGAGAAUAAAGCACGUCGGAUACUUAAGUUUGUCAAGGCCUCUUUGAACAGGUUAAAUGUGUUUAAUGGCACUCUCGCCGUGCAUAAAUGCACAAUGCCACAUCAUUUUAGAUAAUGACAAUAAUAUAGGCAGUGAAAAUGACAAACUAUAGUAGACCAAACUGUAAUCAAACAUUUUUUAAAAUGUGUACACAUUUAUUAAUAUUAACAUACAAUAUAAAAUAUCCCAGAAACAGUAUCAUUGUACAAUAUCAGUAUUAACAAUCUUGACACUAAUACACUAAUACUCUGUAUACUCACCUACUAUAUUUCAAACAGCCAAUAGGUUGAAGCCUUGAGCACUAUGUAAUUACAUAAAAAUAAUUCUAAGCUUGAAUCAAAGCUUUUGAAAUAAUUUAGUAUAAAGAAUUAUCAACCUUUUAGGUGAUACUGCAUGUAGGAAACUAUUAACUGUUAGUUUGGUCUCACUUUAUAUUAGGUGACUUACAUCAAACAAUGUACUUAUUGUGUUCAUAUUGUAUUGCACAACACUUUUGAGGUAGGAUAAGGUUGAGGACAGGUUUGGUGGUAUGGGUAGGUUUAAGAGUUGGUUUAAGGGAAGGCGUAACAUUGUAAUUAUAGAUGUAAUUACAGAAAUUAAUUACAGCUAUAAUGCAGGUAUUUUUUAAAUAUAAGUACAAUGUGAAAACGUAUACAAUGCGUGCAUUGUAUCAAAUGAUUCAUUUAAAUGUUUGUACAUAGUAAUUAAAGACAUCUAAUAUAAAGUGGGACCAAUUUGUUCAUGUUCACAUGUGUUGGAAUUAACUUGUCUGUGCUAUAUAAGUUGUAGUUAAUAUUACAUUUAUGCUGUCACAUCUGUGAAAUGUUAAAAUGCACUAUGUUAGUAAAUGAAUACAUUUACAGUUUAAUCCAUUACUGUUGUUUUUUGUGGUAUAUCUAAUUAAUGCUGGUUAUGUAACUAAGUGACAGUGCACAAAGAAUCCAUAUUAAUUUCUAUGUAUUUAAUUUUGCUUCAGAAACAAAUUUGUCUUGCAUGUGGUAACAUAAGUGCACAAUAAAGCAUUUCUAUAUUUGU